AUACAUGAAUAAAAAUCUAUCUUGUGGGCCAUAUUUGGAGUGAAACCAUUUAGUAACAUGCUUAAAGUAUGAUGUUGACAGCAAAAUACUGAGGCAAAUUUGAUGUAUCAUGAGAUCAUGAAAGCGUUAAAGAAGACCUGAAAGGUCAGAAUUAAAAAAGGUCAAUAAUGGUAGAAGUAUAACGAAGGUCUAAGCAAUGGGAUAUUUAAUUUUCGCACUUCAUACCGUAUUCUGUAUAGUGGAAGCUUCUGUUAACAAAGGUGGAAUCCCUGGACACAAAUAUCUUCCAAUUGUCCAAACAGUUCAUGGAAUAAUCCAAGGUCAAACAGUGAUCAGUAAAGAUGGUCGCUAUUCUCAUCAAUACCUUGGCAUACCUUAUGCUACGCCGCCAAUUGGUCACUUAAGGUUUCAAAAACCACAGCCAUACACCGGGCAAUGGUCAGGAGUUUUGGAUGCUAGUAUGUUUCAGCCGUCAUGCAUGCAGCCCCGUCUUCCUCGGAGUGGCAGACGUGCAAUCGAUAUUUGGAACCCAGAAAAUGAAUUUAAAGAAAAUUGUUUAACUUUGAACAUCUGGACACCAUAUCCAAGACGAACGAAUUCCUCAGUUAUGGUAUGGAUUCAUGGAGACAGUUUUAUUAAAGGCAGUAGUUCUCUUCCAAUACAUAAUGGCAAGACAUUAGCCUCGCAUGGAGACGUGAUUGUGGUCACAUUCAACUACAGAUUAGGAGCACUGGGAUUUCUUGCAACUGGAGACAACAGAAUAGAAGGUAACAUGGGUUUAUAUGAUCAAAGAAUGGCGUUAUUUUGGGUAAAAAAGAACAUCCAAGUUUUCGGUGGAAAUCCUAAUUCUAUAACAAUAUUUGGUGAAAGUUCCGGAGCAGCGAGUGUUGGAUUUCAUCUGUUAGCGCAAUCAGGUGAAAAUCUUUUUCACAGAGCAAUUUUACAAAGUGGAUCUCCCAUUGCUUACUGGGCGAGUAUGAGCAAGGCUCAGGCCAGUCAACGACUGAAGAAAUUUUUGAAAAAGCUGAAAUGCGAAGACGAUGGUAAUUUACGAAACUGUCUUUCCCAAAUUCCAGCUGAGGUGAUCGUCCGAGCACAGCAAGAUCUGGCGUCCGUUCAGUUCGGUCACUUUACUUGGGUCCCUGUUAUUGAUCACAUAUUAAUUGGAGAUAAUCCUCGAUAUUUAAUAAAAAACCUCCCUAAGAAAAAAGUUAAUGUUCUUCUUGGAACGAAUAAAAAUGAAGGUAGUCGUUGGAUGGUGUACCUCCUAAAUUUUCUCAGAUACAAGCGGCCAUUCAAGUUAAAGACAAAACAACUUCGUUCUCUUAUCGAUCAAGUAUUUUAUGAGCUUUCUGAUGCUGCACGCAGCAAGAUAAAAGAAUUUUACUUUAAAUUUGCACAUAAUAAAACAACACCGACAUUUAAUCGUGACCUUUACCAGAUCUUAUUGGAAGAUAGACACAUGUAUUGUCCAAUGCUGGAUAUGGCUAAAGCCUUGUCAGGAACGGACGUUAAUGACGUUUUUAUGUACCGAAUGAAACAUCGUUCACGCAGAGAAAACUGGCCAAAGUGGAUGGGCGUGGUUCAUGGAACUGAUUUGCAGUAUGUGCUUGGCGCACCAAUAGAGGAGCCACGUGUGUUUAACGAUAAAGAACGGAAAUUAUCUUUACGAAUGAUGAGCUACUGGUCAAACUUUGCCAAGUAUGGGAAUCCCACAGCUGGUCAAAGAAAUGUACUUCCAAAAUGGCCAAAAUUUGAAAAUACCACAGGGAAAUUUGUAAAGUUCAAAGUAAUGGAUAAUUUAGAAAUUGGUCAAAAUUUCCGCGAUGAGAAUUGCGCUAUUUGGAGAGAGAUUGAGACAGAAGCUCUGGAGUAUGAAUCCGAUAAAAAAUCCAUUAUAUCUGAGUUUCCAAGUGAAAAUGAAGCAUUCGAUAUUGGAGAAAGCUUCUAUUAUAAUGUAUUCUGAAUUGCAGCACUAAAAAUUGCGACAUCGAAAUGAAAGUGAGAGAUGAUGACGAAACAUUCAAACUUCACUAUAUGCAUGAAGAUGUUUUUAUUGAAAACCAUACGAUCCCAUGCAUAAAAUUCAGCUA